UCAGAGCAGUAUCAUUUCACAGAGUCAACCCACCUCCAGAACUUGAGAGGGGAUGAAGGGGAAGCAAAUUAUGGGAUACAAAGAGUAGCUGGGGCACAGAAAAAGGACUAAAUUACCUUUUUUUUAAACUCUAGAAAAAGAAGACACGUUUUUGCUCUUAAAAUACAUGAAAUCCAGCGUGCCUUUAGUGAAAUCCUCAAAUGAGAUGUGUUCCUGUUUGAGGAAAUUAAUAAAAGUGUAUCUGAGGCAGGAAUAGUUAGAGCUCCCAGGCUGAAGUCAGUCCCUUGGAGGAAACAAAGCAACACGGCUGCUAAGAUUUUGAGACAUGGAGCCAUUUACUUUGAUUGGAGCAUUUUUCAUCCUGCAGAGCAUCUCCUUUAGCAGCACAGAAGCUUAUAGGCACCAUCGACAAGUCCCUAAUGGAAGCCAGCCAGGCGUUUGUCGCUAUGGAAGUAGACUGGAGUGCUGCUAUGGCUGGAAGAAAAACAAUAAAGGGCAGUGUGAGGCUCAGUGCGAGCACGGCUGCAAGCAUGGAGAGUGUGUUGGCCCAAACAAAUGCAAGUGUUUUCCUGGAUACACCGGGAAAAUGUGUAAUCAAGAUUUGAAUGAGUGUGGCCUAAAACCCCGUCCCUGUGAGCAUCGUUGCAUGAACACUCACGGUAGUUACAAGUGCUACUGUCUGAACGGAUACAUGCUAAUGUCCGAUGGAUCAUGUGCCAAUUCCAGGACGUGCUCUCUUGCCCAUUGUCAGUAUGGAUGUGAGGAAGUAGAGGGGGAGAUCCGUUGCCUCUGUCCAUCUGCAGGCCUUCAACUGGGCCAAGAUGAGAGAACUUGUGUAGAUAUUGAUGAAUGCAUAACUGGGAAGACUGUCUGCCCAUACAAUAGACAAUGUGUGAACACCUUUGGCAGCUACUACUGCAAGUGCCAGGAUGGCUUUGAUCUAAAAUAUGUCAACGGCAAAUAUGACUGUGUAGAUCUCGACGAGUGUGAAGAUGAAACCCACAAGUGCAGUCAGCAUGCUGUUUGCCUAAACACUCCUGGAUCCUACAGGUGUCGGUGCAAACCUGGCUUCAGAGGCAACGGUUUUGAGUGUUCUGCCAAGCCAUUUUAUCAGAGGUCAUGGGAUGGAGACAAAGGCAGUGCAGAUGAUUCCCUUAAUGCCAUCCCAGACUCCCAGGUGAGGCCAGAGAUUCUGGGAGGUACGUUUAGCAACAAGGACAUAAAAAACACCAUACCAGAAGCAGUCGUGACGCCAUCCCCUAAGGUCCUCCAUCAACCUUUCGACUACGACGGAGAAAUCUAUGUUGGGACCCCAAAGGAGGAAGCACAAGAGGAAUUUCCUGAGGAGAAGGGAGAGGAGGAAGGGGAAGAAAACCAGCUCAAUCCAAGAGGAGAUGUUUUCAUCUCAGAGGACUUUGAGUCAGUGUUUGGACCCAACACAGAAGUCAAAGAAAUCUACAUUGAAUCACCACAGGAAGAAUAUUUCUUGGACUGCAACUUCGACCAAGGAGCAUGUGAAUGGGUCCAAGACAUAACUGAUGACAUGGACUGGACUGUGGCCUACCAUGAUAAUGAUGGCAACUACUACAUGGCUUUGAGUGGGCUGAUAGGUGGCAGAGAAGAUGUAGCUAAGCUGAAAUUGCUGCUCAGUGACCGAGCCCAGUAUGGCAGCUUCUGCCUCACCUUUGACUAUCGGGUGGUGGGUCAUGAUGUGGGCUCGCUCAGGGUGCUGCUGGACAACAAUGCUUACCCUGUGUGGGAACAGAGCCAAAGCAAAAACCAGGGCUGGCAGACUGAACUCCUUACUGUGGCCUGGAGAGAGGAGGCCCCGCAGUCUAUCAUCUUUGAAGCUCAGCGUGGGAAAGGCAUUGGAGGUGAAAUAGGGUUGGAUAAUGUUGUGCUGACAUCAGGACACUGUCAAGAAGAUAUAAAUCCAAUCUUUUAGGAAUCAAACAUCACUAAUUUCUUUUUCUUUAAUAAUCUGCUCAGUCAACUUAAUUAUGGGUGCAUGCAAGUUUGCUUUCACACCACCUGUUACGUUUUUCUGAUUCAGCUAAAUUCUUUAUUCUCAGUUAAUAAUUACUCUAAAUAAAACCCAGAUGACUCAUAUCUCAGGAAAAGAUGGAAGAGCUAAGUUCUUAAGUUCUGUUUAUGGCUUCACAUUUAUUUCAAAACGCUUGUGGCAAAAUAAACAUACUUGCAUGUUUGUUAAAGUACUUCUGCACAUGGUUUAUCUACCACCACACAACAAAAUCACAUAUGCGUGAGAAACUGCCACUCAGAGAGGAGAGAAUUGUUCCCUGCGCGUACCAGCUUCUUCCCGCCCCUUCCGCAGACAAUCUGCUGCACCUCUCCAAAAUUGUAGGUGACCGCAGACAGUGCCGCAGAUAGGAGCCUCUGAUGGGUCAAAUCUACAUCCGAUCUACUCAUGCAUAUUUCCCGUUUGGUACCUUACCGGCUUGUUUUGUUUGUAUGAUGGCCAUUGCGGAAAACAACUUGUGAAGAUGGACCAGCGAGAAGAGCAAGGUGCACGAGAAUGCUGGGACCCUUUUUCCACCUGGAUACCAGCAUUUUUUCGCCCUCAUUGUCCCUCCGUUGUCAGAAAAACUUGCCCCAACUUCCUCACCUCCUCGGCCGUAUCUAGACCUACAGCUAGUUCAUGAUUGUCCCUCUUGCAUUGUGGCGUGGAAUUACAUAACACAGACCACGCUUCAAAAUUGAGCAUAAAUCAAAAAUGUCUGCAUCAUACCUGCAACAAGCUCACUGCGACACACUGCUGUGGGAGUAUAACCAGCCCUUAAGCCUCCUCCUGAUUGGGCCUUGCAGACACGAUCACACUGGAAGCAGUUUCAGGAAGACAACGGCUGGAGAUGGUACAGUGACGGAGGCUUCUUCAACGUUUGUGUUAGGUGGGGUAAGUGUCAGUUAAAGGCUUCCUGACACUACUUCCCUUAUGAUUGUUUCUGCAAAGCCCAAUCAGGAGGAGGCUAUCCUUGAGCGUGGCCACUGGAUAGAAAAUCGUGCGCUCCGUGAGAUCCCAAGCAUGACCCUGAGAAGGCGUGGGAGGAGCGGGCGUGUGCAGAGAGUGAUUUUCUCCUCUCGAAGCGACAGUGUCUCUCGCAUGUGUGAUUUUGUUGUGCUGUGGUAGAUAAGAAAUAGUUUAAGAUACAUGUGAGUAUGUUAUUUUUAUUCACGGGCGUUUUGAAAUAAAUUGUGACGCAAUUCCUCUUAAGCAGUAUUGUACUGGCGUUAUGUUUGUGACAUUAGAUUGCUGAAGCAAACUACAUAAAAUACAAAAUGUAAUGUGAAUCAAAGGUUAGAUAAGUUACAUUUUUGAAGGCUGUUUUGUUGAAAAUAGGUAUAUAUUGCCAAAACUGUAUUAAAUUUGCGGUGAAUGCUUAUAUUAAACAUGUUUUUUCUAAUGCCGGGAAAUAUUAUUCCUUUUAAUUAAUAUUGACCAAUAUGGAUGCUAUUAUUAGAAACCUUAUAGAAAUAUAUUCAUGCCUUUUAAUGUCAGCAUUUCUGUUUAAUAUUUUGUAUUGGUUAUCGAAAUCAUUUUAUAUGAGUACAAAACAAAAUGUAAAGGCUUCCAACUACCUCGAGAAAGUCAGUUUUAAAGCGAAACACAGCAAGACUUGUACUUUGUUAUUUUGCUGGAUUUUGUGAUUUAAACAAAGAAAGAAAUCUGAACCAAUGGCUCUGCAGUUUUUUAAUCUAUAAUUAUAAAUUGAAAAUGAUAAGUUUGAAGAUAGAAAAAUGCAG